UCUCUGCUGCUCUCACAGCUUUAUCCAGACCAAAUUAAAGGCAGCGAGCUUCCAGAAGAGAAUGAUGGAGAAGAAUCCACCAGGAUGCAUGGAGAUGCUUCCAUUUCUUUAAAGACUGAAGACGCUGAGAAGAAUCAAGACGACAAUGAUUUAGAGCACCCUCCUUCUGAGCUGAAACACAAGUCAGACUCUGGAUAUAAGAAAUGUUCUACAGAGCAGAAAACAGUGGAGUCAAAAAGGAAAGUCCACACAGGAAUGAAGCUUAGCUGUGAAGAUUGUAGCAAAACAUUUAGUAGUAAAUACACUUUAAGCACACACAUGAGAAUCCAUACAGGACAGAAGCAUUUCUGUUGUGAUAUAUGCGAAAAGGGAUUUAGCCGAAAAUCUAAUUUAAACACACACAUGACAGUCCACACAGGACAGAAGCCUUUCUGUUGUGAUCUGUGUGGAAAAAGAUUUAGCGAUAAAGCAAAUUUAAACAAACACAUGAGAAUCCACACAGGACAGAAGCAUUUCUGUUGUGAUCUAUGUGGAAAAGAAUUUAGCCAAACGUCAAUUUUAAACAGACACAUGAGUAUCCAUACAGGACAGAAGCAUUUCUGUUGUGAUUUAUGUGGACAAAGAUUUAGCCAGAAAUCUAAGUUAAACACACACAUGACCAUCCAUACAGGAGAGAAGCCUUUCUGUUGUGAGCUAUGUGGACAAAGAUUUAGCCAAACAUCAAUUUUAAACACACACAUGACCAUCCAUACAGGAGAGAAGCCUUUCUGUUGUGAGCUAUGUGGACAAAGAUUUAGCCAAACAUCAAUUUUAAACACACACAUGACCAUCCAUACAGGAGAGAAGCCUUUCUGUUGUGAGCUAUGUGGACAAAGAUUUCGCCACAAACCUGCUUUAAAAACACAUGUGAGAACCCAUAAAGGAUGAAAAAUGCUCUGCUAUGAAUAGUAACUCAAACUGCUCAGCUGUAGUUAACUAUGAGAUGAUCUAUGUCGACAAAGUUUUGUUACACAUGUUCAUUAAACAAACACACAAGAAUCCAUACUGAAAAUGGCUCUUCUAUGAAUAUUAACUCAAAGUG